UAACUAACUCUAGUAAGUAUUCUUAUUGCGUAAAACCCUAUUCUCUACUCUCUAACUCCCUCAUGCGGAUUCACUUACAAGUUAAAUCAAAUAUAUAAACACUUCUCGCUACUACCCUUCUUCUCUGAUCCACGUUAUUGUUACUCUUCUUCCCCGAACUCACUAGGGUUUCAUUUCAUCUAAUCAUGAACUGUGAAGUUUUUCAGCUCAACGAACUGGAAGUCGAGCAAUUUGAGAUACACGAAGUUUUGCAAUGCAUAUUGCACACGAUCAUUUUUCAUCGGGCAUUAGGUCUUGUGCGUCCUAAAGAUGUUGACUUGGAACUCUGUGACAUCACCUAUGUUCAAUGUGGAGAGGUUGAGGUUGAAAAGAAAAUAGAAGAGAAAAUUGGGCAGUUUCUUGAUUGGUUGGUGAAACAUCCAAUCAAAAAGAGUCAGAUAUGCUUAUCUUUCUAUGAGGUUAAAAACAAAAAGACAUCUUGGUUCAGUAACAAGAUUGAGCAUCUGUAUUUUGAGCAUUGGUAUAUUAAUCUGAAUCUGAAAUCGCGUUCUGAAGUUGCUGAUUUCGGAGAGGGAGAAUUAGAGGCUAAAAAUGCUCGAAGGAAAGCACUUGAAGUAUCGCUACGUAAUGUUUUACUUCAAAUAAUCGAUUUCGUCAACAAGAAGAUGGAUCAUGUUCCACCAAUACCAAAUUCAGAGGAGGUUAUGUCAUUUCCCUAUGAAAUUACAAUACCUAGUUCAUCCGAUUCUGCAUUUGGAAUGGACAUUAUCAAGAGAAUGAUACAGACUGGGCAUCCAACAAUGUUAAGUUGAUAGUUCCAGUUUAUAGAGCAGUUUAUGAGAUUUAGUGAAUGUUUUGCUCCACUUUAGAAGAGACAAGUGAUUUUAUUAAAAGCAUAGAAUUGAUUUUGACAUAUUUGAUUUUCAAUCAUUCAUAUUCUUUCCUGAGUUCGUGUUCCGUUGAAGGUAUCUCCGACAUCAUGUGUAGUGGCUUUCAUUACGUAAUAUCGCAAAUUGUGUCAAUAUUGAUAACAAGUUCGACUACUAUAGCCAAAG